UUCAUCAUCAACUAGAACCGUAUAUAUAACCAUCUUCCUCUUGUCCUAACAUCCCCUUCUCGAUUCAAACUAGAUCUCACUGCACUACACUACAUACCCACACUCUCUUAACUCAACACACGAACGAUUACUAGCACGAUGUUCUCUCGAUCCGUCUCCCAAAUCGCAAAGACCUCUGUCAGGGGCAUCUCCACCUCCUCCAUCCGCUCAGAUGUAGCCCGAGUGACCCUCGUCGGAAGGCUCGGAGCUGAUCCUGUUAUCAGGACUUCGGAGAAGACGGGAACUCAGUACUGCGUGUACCCGAUUGCUACCUCGACUGGACCUCUUGGACCCGCCGACGAGCAGGGCAACCGAGCCGACCCUCCCACCUCCUGGCACUCCGUCUGGUCCUUCCAAGAGUUCGCCAACAAGAAACUCUUGACGCUCGGCAAGGGAUCUACGGUGUACGUCGAGGCUGACCUGACCAUGAAGGAACAACCCGCCGAGGAGGGUCAGAAGAGGGGGACGGCUACGCCUUUCUUGUUGCACCGUACCAUCCAGGUCAUCAACAGGCAGGCCAGGGCCGACGGAGAGACCACCGAGUAGAUCGCUGCACGAUCGCUCCGUCCGCUUUUCAACUCCCGGAGAUGAGGGAGAUUCUUAGACUUCUUUUAGGGCAGAGACGGGAUGGGGUACGCCGUCGCAGGAAUCAGGGGAAGGAAAAGGUCAGCGAAAUUGGGCAGCAGAGGGUCUUGUAAGGCCGGUCUAGGUGGAUUUGCAAGUCUUGUUGUACGAUAACCAGGCGCUUGACGUGAUUUAUGAACACACUACUCUGACACUGGAGAGAUAAGGUGUCGGCAAGAACGCUUUUGAGCUUGACCAAUUCAGAAACAGCCAUAUGCGAAAACAAGUCUCAAUCGCCAUCAAGCUUAGCACUUUCGGUAAUAUGUCAUUCGCACCACGAGAAC